CGCCCCGACCCCCAGCCCCGUUACCCAGCCCUCAGCCUGGCCUCGGCCCCACUGCCGGCCCUCAGCAUGGCUUCGUCUGCUCGGUUCCGCCGCCCUGGUCCCGUCGCCAUGGCCGCUUCCGGGGGCCCGACCGCUGAUUGCCACCCGGCCGAAGGCUUCGCGACGGGAGCCCGCGUCCGGCUGCUGCAGACAGUGGACACCGAGUACACCGCGGACUCGGUGGAGUGGUGCCCGCUGGAAGGCUACAGACACUUGCUGGCGUGCGGCACCUACCAGCUGCGGAAGCUGGCGGACACCCCUGACCGGGAGAACAAGAGUGGAGCAGACUUGGACGGGGAGCCUCCAGUCCGUUUAGGUCGUCUCUACCUGUACAGCUUCAGUGAGGAGAGCCCUGCUUCGCCCCUGGUUGAAGUCCAAAGAAGAGACACGUCUGCGGUCCUGGACAUGAAAUGGUGCCACAGUCCAGUGGCCGGCCACGCCGUCUUGGCCUUGGCAGAUGCUAGUGGAUCCAUACAGCUGCUCCACUUGGUGGACUCCGAGAAGACUGCCUGUGCACUGUGGCCGUUCUCCAGCCUCGUCCUGGGGGAGCAGAGUCUGGCCUUGUCCCUGGACUGGUCCACUGGGAAGACUGGAAGGGCCAGUGGCCAGCCCUUGAAAAUUAUCAGCAGUGAUUCCAAGGGGCAGCUCCACCUGCUGACGGUGAACGAGGCUGGGCCUGGUCUGCAGGCAGUGGACUCAUGGCAGGCCCACCACUUCGAGGCCUGGAUCGCUGCUUUCAACUACUGGCAGACGGAGACCGUGUACUCAGGGGGUGACGAUGGGCUCCUGAAAGGCUGGGAUGCCAGGAGGCCGCACGACGCACCUCUCUUCACCAGCACGAGGCACUCCAUGGGAGUCUGCAGCAUCCAGAGCAACCCCCACCGUGAGAACAUCCUAGCUACAGGAAGCUAUGAUGAGCACAUCCUGCUGUGGGACACGCGCAACAUGCGGCAGCCGUUGUCAGACACGCCUGCACAGGGUGGCGUGUGGAGGCUCAAGUGGCACCCUUCCCACCCCCACCUGCUGCUGGCUGCCUGCAUGCACAGAGGCUUCAAGGUCCUACACUGCCAGAAGGCAAUGGGUGAGUAG